UUGCAGCAGCCAGUAUCUACAUCAUCCGGCUGGCAGCUGCGGGACAGACGUGCCAGACGGUUACAACAAUGGAAAAUACACUACAGUUAUUGGUGAUGCAUCUUGUGAUUGGGCUUCUUGUCUUCUCAUCCGCUGCCAAUGCAUGUAAUAUAUCGGCUAUAAACGAAACAGAAGCAUGCCAAAGUGCAGGAGGUAUAAACAUGAUGGACCUGUGCAAGCCAACAUUCAAUGUCUAUGCUUGUGCAAAGUCCUCAGAACUCAGCAGCCUCCCCGAUGACUUCCUUGUGACUUUGUCUGGCUGUUAUAACAAUGAGACAAUAAUGGCUCUAGAUCCUGCGUACGCAGCCUUGCUCUUCUCCAAACUGGAUGCCAACAAAGCCAAAGUGGUGGUGUCCUCUCUCAAUGCCCAGAUGGCCAAGCUAAAUCCAAGAUGGAGCUCGUUUUUGAUGACGGGGGCCCAGUCGCUUGUGUUGAAAGCACUCGAUUCAAACAGUUCUUCAAACUGGACUCAGCCGUUUACACAAUCCCUUCAGCCGCUCCUUGCUAUGGCCAACGAGACCAUAUUUAAGUGUCUCCAGUCCCAGAAUGCCACAUGUGGAAGAUUCCAAAGACUGGUAAGAGGUGUCAGUUUGGAAUUCAACAACAUGCCAGUUUCUAGGAGGCAAGAACUGUAUCCUGCCAUCAAGUCGUUCCUCAUUAACUGGAAAAACGUAACAGGCUCGGCCUGCGCCGCGAACGUCAACAGCAGCGUGUGGCUCGUGGAGAAUUUCGGGAGCUUCUCACAGUUGGGGGAUAUAAACGAGUUUACGGCUCUUAAUGCUAAUUUUAGUGUUGUAGAGGUCCUGCCUAUCCUGUCUAUACCACAGCUGGUCAAGAUCACUAUAGAAUCAGACGCCCUAAAUAAUUCGGCGAUGCACGGACUUAUCCUGCACACCCUUCAGGAUAAAAAUGGCGUAUAUAACUUCCUGGUGAACCUGAAUGCCGUCGUUGAUGCUCAAAAUAAGACUUUACCGUCCCCGGCUCUAUCUCAGGCGCUCCUCAACAAGACCAUCCAAGUUUUCAUCUCUAACAUCACAACCUUUAACAGUACGGAAUGGUCCCAAUUUUUCCAGAAUCAGACAGCCUUUAUUUUGCCUGCAAUCACCUUGGAACAGCUGGCCCUCGUUCCACCGAACAGCUCCUGCAACUUUUUCCAAAAUGUAAUUAAAGGUUUGGGCUCUCAAUAUUCAAACAUGAAGCCAGACAACAGAGCACAUUUAUAUAAAUCAUUCAUAAAACCUCGUCUCUCCAAAGAAAAUUGUGCCAUUAACGCCACCACCAGCACAUGGAUCAAUCUGAAUUUGGGAAAUUUUUCUCAGUUGGCAUCUUACCAGGACUUGGCGUCUUUAAACCCUAACUUUAAUGCCUUGGAGGCGUUAUCCGUCCUCACCUUGCCACAAGUGGCGAGUUUCAGCGUGGCAUCGGCUUCACUUAACUCGACCGCCUCCAGUCUCAUUGUGGGGAAGUUGCAGAAUAAAACCGACGUGUACAAUUUUCUGUCUGACCUGAAUGCCGCCGUUGCCGCUAACAAUAUGAGUUCCGUGUCCCCGGCUCUAUCUCAGACCCUCUUCAAUAAAACCUUGCAAGUCCUUGGCAGUGACAUCGACUCCUUCAACAGCACGGAAUGGUCCCAUUUAUUCCAAGUUCAGCUGAGUUCUGUUCUUCCGGAGAUCACUGAGGGGCAACUCAACCUCAUUCCAAAGAACAUCUCAUGCAACUCCUACCAGGCCAUACUAAAAACCAUGGAGGUUAAUCGCCCACAGAUCAAGAAUCAAGGAGUAGUCUAUACAUCUUUAAUCAAACCGUAUCUCGCCCAGAAAGGAAACAUAAUAACCUGCUAUAACAGCAGUGACGUCAACGCCUCGGCUUGGUUUGUCAACAACAUGGGAUCGUUUUUCACUUACACAAAUGAACAAGACCUGUCUCUUUUUGCUAAUGCAUCUGAGCAACAACUCUUUGCCAACAAUCCAUCUUUUGUUCAACUUGCAAGUCAACUCACCUUCCGCAAGGACACGGCUUUUUAUUAUACCUCUCUGCUGACGUCCAGUCCCAACUUCAACCUGUCCAGCAUCCCUGAUAAGUUCCUGUGCUACCUAAACCCAGCAGCUCUUAAAAAGCUAAAUUCUAAAGAUGCUCUCAAGGUGACCAAAAUCAUCAACAAGGAAUGCCGCAAUGUACCCCCGGGCCAAGUUGUGUCGGCCCCGUCAGCUGAGGAUCUCCAGGUUGCAGUGUCUCUCGUCAGCAAACUGGACGACUUCUCUUCGCAAACCAUUAAUGAAUUGAAUCAAUCAGCCGUGGGGCUGUCUCCGUCUCAGAUCAAUAAAAUUAGUGACAAGGAUUUGAAAGACAGUCUACCAACGCUUAGUAAAGUGAGCGGAUGGACUAACGGUCAAUCCCGAUCUAUCGUGAACAAGCUCUUACAGGCCAACUUCCAGAUCAAGGAACUUGAAUCCCUCGGCAGUUUAGUAAAUGGAUUACCGAGCCAAAAACUGCAAUCUCUGGAUUCACAAAUUAUUGUGAACGCCCUGAAAGAUCCCCAGUUUGUAACCCAGAUCUCCAGCGCACCGCCUGUCCUCAAAAGUGUGUUUGCUAAGCAGAUUGUGGCUGCCAAUUCCAAUACAGCCAGCCUUGUCAAAAAUGUCCCAGCCAGCUUGGCCAGUUACAUCCCCAAAUCCUCGUUAGUCUUCAAAUCAGAGGCGCCUGUCUUACAAGACCUGUACGAGAAAGCAUGGACUUCAGACCAAGCAGCCAUGUUUUUUGACAAAGUAGUGGCUUCUGAAACCAACUUCACCAAGAUUUCACCUUCAGUCUUGCAAGGUUUCUCUUGUUCUAUCCCAAAACUCAAUGAAACCCAAAUCAAGUCACUGGCUAAGGCUAUGAAAACCCAGAAUGCCCCAUUAGGAGAAGACCAGCUGAGCUGUCUCACCAGACAAGUCAUGAAGAACGUUACCCAGUCGGAUCUGGACACGUACCCCAAAGAAGUCCUAAUGUUUAUUAGCCCUAAGAAUUACUCCGGAACCUGUAAAAACUACUUUACCAACGUCGGCAUGGCCAACAUCAGCAUUCUUCAAAAAGAUUCCAAAAUACGCACCAACUUGCUGGCGGAAUCUUUAUCCUGUAUGAACGUCACCAACGCCACGCUCACCGACGAGACCGUAACUGUGCUGGGUCAGCUGGUUUGCGACUUGAACGCAACCUAUAUCGAGAACUGCUCCGACGCCUUACUGGUGCAGUUAUCCAAGUGCAAAUCCUUCAGCGCCGAGCAAGAAAAAGCCAUCCAAGCCGUCCUGCUCAAGGGGAACUCUACAUUUGGGCCACCAUCGAAAUGGUCAAAAACCAUACUCAAAAAUCUAGGAAGUCUGAACGGGAUAUUGAACAAGGACAUUUUAACAAAAAUUCCCAACGGUGACUUCACGUCUUGGAUGAAGGAAGCCGUGGAAACGUCAAGCCUAUCAAGGAACCAGUUUUCCGCCAUCGUGAAGAACCUAAAGACCGGGGCAAGAACAGCACGGAGCACCGCUGCUUGUGAGGCCGGCAAGCAAAUCACAGCCGACAACAUCAAGGACCCCCUCCUCCCCCUGUAUUAUACUGCCGCUCAAUUAGAAGCCUGUUUGAAUUACACACUUUUGGCAGAUUUCCUCCCGGACCUCAGCAGUAAACCCUUCACGGAGGAACAGCUCCAAGUCCUGAAGAACAAGUUGGACCAGCUCUACCCUGGAGGUUAUCCUGAAAGCGUGAUCCCUGACUUGGAUGCCAUCGCCUUUCUCUGCGGGGAAGCGGACAUUAAGAAAUGGAAUAUAACUUCGGUGGACACGCUAAGCCGUUUACUGGCCACGGGACCGGCAAAUACUCUGGCUACACUAUAUAUUGGCAAAUAUGUCGACUCAGCCAAAAAUAUCAGUUCUGGAGCCUUGGAGGCCAUUGGCAGUAAAUACGUCUGCCUUCUGAGCAGCUCCCAGCUGAACCUUAUCACCCCAGAAGCAAUCCGUGGAUCCCAAGCACUGGACAUAUCCGCUUGUAACCAGACCACGAAGGACGCUUUGUAUGUUACGGCCAAAGCAGCUUAUGCGAACAUGACAGAUAAUGCAGCCAUCUACUACGGCCUUAUAAAGCCCUAUCUAGGCGGGGCCCCACCUGCAGAUCUGAAGGCUUUAGCUCUUAAAUCAGUUAACAUGGACAUCGGGACAUUUAUCAAGUUAAAACCAAGCUCGAUAAUGAACUUAACAGUGGAUGAUGUGAAAGGGUUACUUGGUAGUAAUGUUGAAGACCUGAAGAACCAGGAGACCAAUACAGUAGUGAACGCAUGGAUCAGGGCACAGAAGCAGUCCGACCUAGACAGGCUCGGCCUAGGGCUUACAGGUGGUGUCAGGGAAUCUCUGACUACGCAGAGCGUUACCAUAAAGACAAGUAAGUCUAUUCAUUUGUUCAUGUACACUAUUUGGGUUGCCUAAAAUCAAACAGCAUCUUUUAGUAAUAAGUCAAACUGUACAGAAGAGUUAUUGCAGGAAAAUAUCUUUAAAACAUAGAAUUUGCCCCAUUCGGCCCCCGUCCAGUCACCGGUUUUUCCUGAAGUAGAGACUCAAACCUUAAUCAGUCGGUGGUCUCGUCUUAGAUUCAGGAGCCAUAUGCCUAUCCCACGCUUGGGUGGCUGUUCCACUUAUCUACCACCGCCUCGGGUGGUACCUCUAACUUCACAUUAAGAGGAAACCGA